CUUCCGAUGCAGCGCGCUCUGAGCUCCAGGCAGAUACUAUGAAGCGGUAGCAGUGGCUGGGGGAUCCCCCUUCUACCAUCUCCGGACCAGGACACCAAUGUUCGACCCUCUAGCAAGGGGCUAGAGAAGAGCGAAGCCGCAUAGGAGAGUUAGAGGCUCUGAGGGCUUCGUUGCUGCUCUCCUGAAGGCCGAUCCACCUGCACCUUUAAUAUUUAUUUCCCCCCCUCCUCUGACCUAAAAUGCUGACGAUAAAGUUGCCUCAGAUAUUCAGGGUUCACCAAGUACCUCGUAUCUUCUGGGAGGAUGGCAUCAUAUCCGGCUACCGCCAUCCAAAGAGCUCUGCCUUGGAUUGCAUCCUGAGCUCCUUCCAAAUGACCAACGAGACUGUCAACAUCUGGACCCACUUCCUCCCGACCUGGUAUUUCGUGUGGCGGUUCCUGGGGCUCUCCUCCUCCCUGGAUUUCUGCAGCGACGCCUACAACUGGCCUUUCCUCGUCUACAUGUUGCUGGUCUGCCUGUACCCCUUCACCUCCAGCUGUGCCCACACCUUCAGCACCAUGUCCACCCACGCCCGCCACAUCUGCUACUUCUUUGACUAUGGAGCCCUCAGCCUCUACAGCCUGGGCUGUGCUUUCACAUAUGGAGCCUAUGCGAUGCCAGACCGUUGGGUUAACAGCACUUUACAUCAUUACUUUGUACCAAUGGCUGCUUUUAAUUCCUUUAUCUGCACCAGUCUGUCUUGUUACUCCCGGUUCCCGGAAUUGGAGUGUCCCCGGCUGAGCAAGGUUUUACGGACAACGGCCUUUGUGUAUCCCUUUGUCUAUGACAAUAUCCCACUGUUUUAUAGGCUUCUGUUCUGCUUCGGGGACGGCUGCACCUGGAACGAUGCCACCGUGGGUUACUUCUACCACCUAUUCUUUGCCCUGCUCACUGGCUUCCUCUUUGCCUCCCACCUGCCGGAACGCCUGGCGCCCGGGCGCUUUGACUAUAUUGGGCACAGCCACCAGCUGUUCCACAUCUGCGCAGUGGUGGGCACCCACUUCCAGCUGGAGGCCGUCCUGUCGGACGUGCGCUCGCGGCAGGCCUGGCUGAGCACCCGGGCCCCGGCGCCCGCCUUCUCCGCCACCUUCGGCACCGUCAGCCUGGCCCUGCUGGGGAACCUGCUCAUCAUCGGGGGUUUCACCGUGGCCCUGCUGCGCUGGCCGGGCGGCGCCUCCAUCCUGCAGAGCACCGUGCCCGAGGCGGGCCGACCCAAGGAGCAGUGAUGCCCGCCCCCAGAGACAGCGGCUCGGAGUAUAAACUCUCUCUCUCGAUCUCGCUCAGUGACCCGUCCAAGGAGAAGUCCAUUGUCCCCUCACAGGUGAUGCUGGUAGAGGGUUUGCGCUGCGGCACGUUUCUCAUUUCCGCUCUCCUGUCGCGUUGACUCUUCGCUGAGCUUUACGUCCUGGCCAAAAUCUGCCUCCAGAUCCCUCCCCGAGGGUAUCUACGCGGCAAACUGGGCGCUGUGAUUACGCAGCCCGGGUGGACACAGGUUAGCUGGAGCCAAGCUAGCGCGAGUCUGUCUACCCUGCGCUGCGACUCUCACCUCCGCCUGCAACGCAGACACCCCCGCCUGCCCCUGGAGGGGCGAACAGCGCUCAGAAUCCGCCCCUGGGAAAUCCGUGCGCUCUGACACAUCAGCUUUGUGGCGAGAGCGCUGCAUGAAGCCAGCCCUGCCAAGCCCGGCCCAGCAGUGGGGGAACUUGUCCUGGAGAGUCCUCAACCGCCAUCAGUCCGGAGGGACGUAGCUGAGAUACUCUGGAGGGGUUACGGUGUGUUUUUAUAGGGCCUUCGCGACAAGGCCAAAUCAUCCGGAGAGGUAAAGGGGGGAGAUGUUGAGGUUUGAGUUGGUAAAAAGCGAAUGACCCAGCCUGGGCUCGGGGUGACAGUUAUUCCUGGGGGGUGCAGAGCUGACAGGGUGCUAGGCAUCGGUCCUAGGCUGGCAGAAGGGUGGCGUAGCCAGGCCAGCAAGAGCAGUAGUUUGAAGUGGUUCCCAGUAGGUGUUGAGGAGGAGCUAGUCGAGGCAACGAAUACAGUAGCCAAAUUUUGAGGCCUGAUUAUUUUCCACACCUCUCCCGGCCCUCGCACGAGUGUGAGACGCUCCCGGAUCAGAACGGUGGCGGUUUUUCACUAGUGCAAGGGAUGGCAGGAGGAGGGGGAGGGGCGCAACAUAGAAUCAAAUCUUAAGAUGCUUUAACACCCUUGCAUGGUGCUUAUGUCCUUCUGUUUGCAGGCGCUAAUAUCAAAGGCUAAUUAAAAAGGCAGGGGGGAAGACCUCGUUAAGCAAAGAGAACAAACCCCCGAGGGCUUGGCUUCUUUGGGGACUCUCCCGGACUCUGUUCCCCCCUUUGAAGAGGCACGUGUCGGUGUUUCCCGCACCCCCAUUCUCUGCACUAGAUUAGGGUCCUGUGCCGAAAUCACUGGCGAUUCACCUGCUUCGAAUAGGUCUUGAAUUUGGUUCGUUGCCUCCCUCUGUGCUGCCUCUAAAGGGCCCAGCAACUGAUCUUGGCUCUUCAGCGAGCGGGGGAACGCGGGGGUGUUUUGUAGGGAUCCUGCACCCCUGGAAUCAACGUGAGCUUUGCCCUUGACUCCAGCCUGUGCGGGAUGUGCACACACCGUCCUGUCUAGAAGGCUGACUAGUCUGGAACUCCCAGAGGCAGGGCGGCGCCAGGCCCCUAGCGGGUCGGAGCAGGGACCUCGUCUUUCUCCACCCACCGACCGACGGAUCAAUUUCCAAACAAACUGAAGCUGCUCCACGGGGCUGGCCAGACUCCCAGUGGGCAUUGGGUUCUUUGUGAUCUGGGCUGCUCCCAGCUGCUGCACCGGAUCAGCCCAAAUGGCUUAGCCCUGACGCCCGGUACAGAAGACAGAGGCAGACACCCUGGGUCUCAGGUGGCCACCUAGUCUGUACUGUCUUGUUCCUUCCCCUCCUUGGCUUGGCUUGGCAUGUGGUUGCCUUUUUUCACACUAAUAAUUUUCGCAAGGCUCCCCUGCAAUUACUGACCCAUUGCCACACCGUUUUCACUAGAUCUGACCUCUGUCUGGUCUUGUAGCCCAGUCCUCGUACCCGUAUCAGGUUCGCCCCUCGGUGCAGCAUCUCGGCCUGUAUUCUCCUUGGAGCGAUGGGUGAUUGUCUGUUUCAAUGACAAGCAGUGUGUGUCGUCCCCCCCACCCCUGCGAUCCAGGCUAUGUUUUGAGAAGCCUUGGUGCCUUCUGUCCUAGAUCGGCCUCCGUUUACCCAGAGGCUGGGCUAAGUCCUCAGCUGGCGUUAACUAGCAUUGCUCCAUUGACAUCUGCUGACGAACACCGGCUGAGAAUGGGGCACCUGUUGUAGUUUGGCGCCCCGGCAUUAUCUACUGCUGUAACAAUUCACCUUUGCCUCUUAAAGAACCCAGGUCCCCCUCUAGUUAUCCUGAGUUCCUCGGGAGAACCUGGAACGCAGAUAAAUGUCUGCACGAAGCCGGUGUAGCAGGGGGUAGAUUUACAGCAUUAAAGCUCUUGUGUGCUGCAAGGGGCUGCCUGCGAUUCUGCUGUGCUCCUGGUAUUCACCCAUGUGUAGAAUGGAUCCCAAGACGCGCACUUGCUUGUCAGAUUAGCUUUUCCCCCCUCUUUGUAGCUAGAAUCCUGCCAACAGCAGCAACAGACACAACGACCUGCACCGUGAGCUCUGCCGCUCCUUGGUUAUUUCUCACAGAGGAGGCCUCGAUUUAGCUGCCCUGCAGGUCGGCACCAGAGCAGCCUUCAUGGUGUCGAAUCAGUCUGACCAGCUGGCUGUCUCUCCCCCCAACCCCCGGCCUGAAUUCAGGGACGUGGUUAUCUGGGGGUUAGAUCUGGAAUACUGUGGGUGUGGGUCGGUCGGUCUGUCUGUCCGGCAGGAGGUUUUCCAGGGAGAAUGAGAUCUAGUGGUCAGAGCAGGAGAUCUGGGCUGGGGUCAGGAGUCUCCUGUUCUAGUCCCUUGACGGUGCUGUUGCUGACUCGCUGUGGGCAUGAGGCUGCAUUGCUCUGUGCCUGUACAGAAGGAAUGGCCCAAGCGUGGGGCCGUGCAUGGAUGUGUGAAGCUCCUAGUCCCAGGUGUAGUUAUGCCUCUGUGUAGAGGUCCUGAUCCUGUGAAUCUCUGAAGCCCCCGUAGCUAAGGAUUCUUCACCCCUACCCGGGAUCGGGGCUGGAGGGAUGUUUUUCUGUGGAGUAGAGCGAACGGCUCCUCUCUGAGGUCGCUCUGCGUUCAACGGGAUCUCGCCAGAGGUUCUGCUUUAAACUCCAGACUGGAGAAUCUCUUGGCAGUGUGGCCUAGGCGAUAACGCUGUGGAUGGGGAAUCAGGAGAGCUGGGCUCUUUGUGGCUCAGCAUGUGACCCAAGAGAAGGCAUUCCCGCUUGUGCCUCAGUUUCCCCAUUGAUAAAAUGGUGAUAAUAGCUGUCAGCCUAUUUUAUAAAGGGCUUUGAGACCAAUGGAUGCAAAGCACUUUAUAAGGGCUGGGUAUUAGACAACCCGGAGCUGUCGUCUUCUCCGUCCUCCUGCAUUUUGCAGGGUUGAGUCUGUGUUUCCUAAAGCAACUUCCUUGCUAUUUUCUAACGUGCUGAAAGUGAGAACUCACUAGAUCCCAGUGCAUUCUGUAUUUGUCUCCCUAUUUAUUGUAGGUAGCGAUGGUGGGGGUGUUAGUCCUGGCCUAUUGAUUUGGGGAAGGACCCCCGACUCGAAACCCGUCUUUGGAAGGGAAAGAUUUGAGCCAGCAUCUAGGAAAUACCCACUCCCAUUGACUUAACUUAUAUUUAUACUCAAUGUGCUUUCUGGGCGUAACGUAUGCAACUAACCCUGAAUGAAAGGUCUGGAUCAGAGAACAGAAGCUGGCCGACGUGAUCAGACGCAGAUAUGUAAAUAUCCAGACCAGCUUUGACAGUGACCGCUGGGUGUAGUGUCUGGGAAUAGGGUGGCAUCCCUUUAAAUAGGUUGCAAGCCCUCACACGGGCCUUCCUGGGAUGCCGGUUUGUUUCUUUGUUCUCUACAUAAGGUUAUGUUUAAACCCCCAGGAACACACAACCAGGAUCAGUGUCUCUAUGCAAACAUGCCAGGCUUACCUACGCUGCUGCUGUUGGCUUCUUGAAUUAGAAGGCCCACACGUUAUUUAAAGGGAUCCAACCCAAUUCCUCUGUGCUGUGGAACAGUCUCCCGAGGAAAUCGGGUGGGGGAUGUAGUGUAGGGAGCCACCCCCCUGGUUCUAGGCCUGAAUGGAUUGAUUUGCGGCUUCUCCAUUUCUAUCUUUCAACGAGGUUUGAGCGCACUUACCGGGCGAUAUGGUUGCGUGAAUUUCCACCCCACUCGAGGGGACACCUUGGAAGUUGGCCGCUGCCCUCCUUUGUCAAUUAGUGGGUUGAGAGCUACUGCUGUGAUGGAUUGUUAAUAUUACCGCCGUUGGGCAGGCAGCAAACCUGCCUGUCUCUGUGUCCGUCCGUCCGGGACAGCCCCUUGGAUCGACUGCGCUGUGUCUGCGCCGGGGGAGAGUUGGUUUUUAACAGCCUGCGUGUGUAUGGCAUAAACAGCUUUAAAUCAAACCUGGAAUAAACUUUGGAA